AUGGCGGAUUAAUAAGAAGAUAACACCGACAAAACUUCUGUAUUCAGAUGUCUAGAAUAUCAGACUUACUUGAUGGUCCUGAUGGCUCUCAAAUGAGUCCAUGGGGAAUAAAGUUCAUCGUAGCAACAACCAUCACUUGGUCAUGAAGCAAGUAUGGUCGGGUAUUGAUAAAAAUCCCCAGUAUCACGCGAAUUUGUUUUUCAUAAGCCUCUGCAAAAAAUAUCCUCAGUACUCGAAGUACUUCACCACCGAACAGAACGUUCCCCUGUCCGUGGACGCUCGAACGAGUGCCAAAUUCCGAUUGAUUAUCGAGGCACUAGGUUAUUUACUACUCGAUUCAUAUAAAAAGCAGGAUCAAUCAGACUACAUCACUGGGUACAUUGCGAUGGUCCACAAGGAUAUGGACUUGAUGCGUUCGGAUAUGUUUAAUUUCGGCGAAAGCCUGAUUGACUACCUGGCCGCGACAUUUCCUCGAUCUAUGACUCCGGACUGUCAAAACAUUGUUUCUGGAUACAUUCACAACCUCUUGAAUGAAAUAUCCCAGAAAAUGGAGGCUUUGAGGGAAGAUGAUGUCAAUGCAACUGAUUUUGCCAGACAAAAUGAAAAAAGAUCUGUUAAAGAAAGAUUACGCCGCAGAUCGGAUUCGAUCUACGGUCACCCAGUGGAGUAUUGGGUAGAGAGGAAGCACCAGUGGGAGGAGCGGCUGGAUUCCUGGAGGCGCCAAGCCGAGGGGGUAAAUAGUGAAAUUGAAGUCCCUGCACCUGAAGAGGUCCCGAAGGAAGCUACCAAGGAAGUCGCCAUAGCAUGCGUCGGUUCCAGUGCCGAUCAGUUUCUCAAGUCCUACGGGGUCUUAGAGGCGAUAAGGCAGACGGUAUAAAUUAUCUACAACGUUCACAGGAGACGAUCCCCCAGGAAAUAA